AUGGCAAAGACAGCUGAGAAGCAUGCCCUAGUAUUUGGCUCAAGUGGAAUUACUGGAUGGGCCAUUACCAAUGCCAUACUUCAAGGCUAUCCCAGCCAAGAUGCAUUUGAUACUGUGACGGCCCUCACCAAUCGCCCCAUCACCAACGACACCAUUCAGUGGCCUAUGUCCCAGAAGCUUCACCUCGUCAGUGGUGUGAACAUCUUUACGCCUGGUGGGCAAGAAGCUCUCGAAAACGAUCUCCAGAAGAAAGUAGAGAAUCUCCGGAAGAUUACCCACGUCUACUUCUGCGCUUACAUUAUGAACCUUGACCCGGCAAAUGAAUGCGAGAUCAACACUCAGCUCGUUAAAAAGGCUGUUACUGCCAUUGAUCGCCUAUCGCCAAGCCUGCAAUUUGUCGUCCUUCCAACAGGCACCAAGGCGUAUGGCAUCCAUCUCAUUGAUCGCUUUCCGUUCGCAAAGGAGCUCCCUUUGCGCGAAUCGCUGCCACGAAUUCCCGAACCGCUCAGCUCGCAGCUAUUCUACUACCACCAGAUUGAUGCACUGUCACGGCUUUCCGAGGGGAGGAAAUGGUCUUGGUGCGAAGUCAGGGCUGACACAAUUGUUGGCUUCGUGCCAAACAACAACAUUUGUUGCGCGGCACAGACGCUAGGAAUUUACCUUUCUCUCUUUGCAGAAAUCGAAGGAAAUGGAGCCGAUUAUCCCUUCCCGGGCAACGAAAAGUGUUGGAACAAUCUCAGCCACGAAAGCAACCAAGAUAUUCUCGCCAAGAUUUGCAUCUACGCAUCUUUGCAUCCGGACGUCACGCACAAACAGAAGUACAACGCCGGUGACAACUUUCAACCUUCUUCGGAGACACAGAUGGCCGAUCACCCUGCCCCUCAGCCCGAGCACUAUCUGGUGAAGCAUGUUGAAAAGUGGAAAGAGAUGGAGAAGAAGCAUGACCUUGUGGGUGGUCACAUUGUCAAUGACCGCACAUUCAUUGAGCCAACUCACGGCGUGGGAAUGAUAUACGGUCUGACGAACUUGCUUGCUUUUGAUAGGCAGCUUGACAUGACCCAGUGCCAUGAGAUGUGGGGUUCCAGCAAGGAGGAAAUCGAGACGAAAAGCUCUUGA